AUGACUUCAAAGAACCAUGAAGGAUUACUGGACGCCAUUCGUUACGUGGAUGUUGAAACGAUGCAGUCGCCAUUCCAGACGUUUGACGUAGACGGCUGUAUAACAUUCUGGUACUAUCUUAACAGCACUGGUCACCAGCCGAAAUCUACAACAGCCCAGAUCUAUGUAUACACACAGUAUGAGGACACGAUGGACAAGCAACUACUGUGGUUUGAUCAUAUAAAUCGUCCAUUUCCAACUUGGAGUCAGGGUGGAAUCCACGUGCAGGGCAACCGAACUGUCAGACUAAUAGUGACAGCAAAAACAGCGAUACCAUAUGAUGCCUACACCGGUGUUGUAUCAUUUGAUGAUGUGGACUUUGCACCAGGAGCAUGCACUGUAACUCCGCUUGACUGUGACGAUGAAAUGUUUCAAUGCUAUGAAGACAAUGUCUGUAUUCCAAGCAGUAUGGUUUGUGAUGGCGGGCCUGACUGUCUUGAUGCCAGUGACGAACAACAUUGUGAUCGACCGGAUGGGGCACUACAACUUGUCGGCGGAGACGGAACAUAUGGUAAACUUGCCUAUUUUUAUAGUCAUGCAUGGAGACCAGUGUGUUAUCCGACAACUGACUAUGAACAGAUGGUAUUCAAGUUAAAUACUGCGCAUUAUGCCUGCAAAGAAUUGGGAUUCAGUGGAAACUCUGAUGCCUUUAGUUAUCGGCUAUGGGAAAAACACAGCCCAACUCAAAUACAUCUCUCGUGCGGAGAAGACGGCAAAUGUUCUGCACGUGCAACUAUAGAUGAAUGCGAUGUAUUUGCUUACAUCAGAUGCUCCAAUGAUGUUUGUUUUCCUGGAGAAAGUUUAUGUCCUGGUACAGAGACGACAUGUGUACCCGAGUCAUACUUUUGCGACGGCCAACAAGACUGCCCAGAGAAUAUGGAUGAACAGUGUCUGUGUUUAGACGGAGAAGAUACUUGCAUACACACACCAGAUGAAUGCACGGACCGAUCUUGUGAGUCUUGUGAGGACAAACGAAUGUUUGAAUGUCAGAAUCAUCAGUGUAUUCCAUUACAAGACAGAUGUGACGAUAUUCCAGACUGUUCUGACGGAACCGACGAAUACCGCUGUGUCCAAAUUGAAAAGAACUUCGAGGUGACAGUAUUUCUGAAUACUACACUUACCCGAGAAACUGUUUGUGGCGAAGACGUUAAUUUAGAAGUUGCGGAGGAAUUUUGCAGACUUGCGGGCCAAGGAUAUGUGACUGAAAUUACAAGCGGCACAGAGCCAAUCGAGAAAGGAGUCACGGCGAAUAAUUUCAAUGAGAAAAUGAACUGCUUCCCACUGAAUUUGAAGUGUCAGCUUCCAGAAUGCGGGACAAACAUUAUACAGGAUCGUUUGGUGCAGCCGUUUGUUAUCAACGGCCGCGAUGCAUCUAUAGAAGAAUGGCCGUGGUAUGGUGUGCUCAGAAUGGAUGGAUACUUCUUGUGUGGGGUAUCACUGAUACACCCGUCAUGGGCUUUGACAGUGUCGCAUUGUAUUAUUGGGACGGAAGACAGUAAAUAUACAGUUGGUUUUGGGACAGACACAUUUGAAAGAGAAGGAGACUGGUAUCAAGAAAUAACUGUUGUAAAAAUAUACGAAUAUGGCUAUAUCCCAUCAGCAUACCCGGCACAUGAUAUUACGCUGCUUAGACUAGAACAUCCGGUGUUGAUCAACAAUGUUACCCGUCCAUUAUGUCUCCCAUCGGUGACGUCACUGGAUGACGUUACAAGUCGCGGGUCGUCUGCUGAAUGUUAUGUGGUUGGACUUGGUGCGACGGAAAAGAUAUUUUCCGAUCCAAAUACGAUGGAUGUUAUCCCGGAUGUGUUACAGAAGAAAAGAGUGCACAUUGUUUCGUAUGAAUACUGUAAACAAAUUUGGUUGUCUGAGACCGAAGGGGAUGGAAACUUCCCGACGGAUAUUGUCUGUAUUGCUACGGAAGGACCGAGUUCGCCGACAUGUUUUGGAGAUUCCGGAAGCCCACUAAUGUGUCGAGCAGAUUCCGGGAGGUGGGAAUUAAUCGGCGCAGUCAGUUUUGGGUAUGGCAACUGCUUCCAUGAUCUGGUACCCACGGUGAUGACAUCAGUUACUAAAUAUAACAAAUGGAUCAAGGAUACCAUAGAAGCCAGAAGAUAA